UUUUUUUUGCAUCACGACCUCAGAAAACACAUUUAUAACUGAAACAUAAGCUUCAGGAAACAAUACCUAUCUUUGCUAUGGGAGAUGCAUUCCAUGCAUUUUUCAUUCUAAAUUUUUUUUAACACUGGUUUGGGGCCACUCAUUUGAUUCCGGACCUAUGAAAUGGGUCGUUAACUGCAGUUUGAAAGCCACUGUUUUAGAGGCUAGCGUGCAACCCCCUCGUUUUUACAGAAAGAAGAAAUUGGGGCCCGGUGAGAGAGAAGGGGAAAUUAGUUGAUAGGGUCCCAAAGAGUGCAGGUGGAGUCUUAAACAGAGCCCCGGCCUCCAGAACCACAGACCAUGCCUGCGCGGCUCUCCUCCUUUGCAUUCCCUGCCCGGUCUUCCUCAGCACAUCCCAAGACUCCUUCCAGCCUCCAGCCCCAGACGGCCCCUCAGCCUCUGCUUCCCUAGGAGUGGACUGACUACAGGCUGAGCUGGGACCCUGAGGAGCAAGAGGGCAUCGAUUCACUCUGCAUCACUGCCGAAUCCGUGUGGCUACCAGACGUGGUGCUCCUAAACAACAACGACGGAAAUUUUGAUGUUGCUCUGGACAUCAGAGUCAUGGUGUCCUCCGACGGCUCCGUGCGCUGGCAGCCCCCGGGCAUCUAUCGCAGCAGCUGCAGCAUCCAGGUCACCUACUUCCCCUUUGACUGGCAGAACUGCACCAUGGUGUUCAGUUCCUAUAGCCAUGACAGCUCAGAAGUCAGUCUGCAGACCGGCUUGGGUCCCGAUGGGCAGGAGCGGCAGGAAGUGCACAUUCAUGAAGGCACCUUUAUUGAGAAUGGUCAAUGGGAGAUUAUUCACAAGCCUUCUCGGCUAAUCCAGCCUCCAGUGGAUCCUAGGGGAGGCGGGGAAAGACGGCGUGAAGAAGUCACCUUCUACCUCAUCAUUCGCCGGAAGCCUCUCUUUUACCUGGUCAACGUCAUUGCCCCAUGCAUCCUCAUCACUCUUCUGGCCAUCUUCGUCUUCUACCUGCCACCAGAUGCAGGAGAGAAGAUGGGGCUCUCCAUCUUUGCCCUGCUGACCCUUACUGUGUUCCUGCUGCUGCUGGCAGACAAAGUGCCUGAGACCUCCCUGUCUGUCCCCGUCAUUAUCAAAUACCUCAUGUUUACCAUGGUCCUCGUCACCUUCUCAGUCAUCCUUAGCGUCGUAGACCUCAACCUACACCAUCGCUCACCCCACACCCACCAAAUGCCCCUUUGGGUCCGUCAGAUCUUUAUCCACAAACUCCCUCUGUAUCUGGGUCUGAAGAGACCCAAACCUGAGAGAGACCAGAUACCGGAGCCACCUCCUAUACCUCUCAGAGAUUCUCCACGAAGUGGCUGGGGUCGGGGAACAGAUGAAUGUUUCAUCCGCAAGCCACCAAAUGAUGUUGAUAGUCCGCCUGACGAUUCAGGGGACACGGGUUCAUGCCCCGGUCCGGGAAGAUCCCACAUGCCGCGGAGCAGCUGGGCCCGUGAGCCAUGGUCGCUGAGCCUGCGUGUCCGGAGCCUGUGCUCCGGAACGGGAGAGGCCACAACAGUGAGAGGCCCGCGUACCGCAAAAAAAAAAAAAAAAAGAAAGAAAAAAAGAACCGUGUAAGAAUCCAGAUCUAUUUCCACCGCAGGGUACCCAUUUCUGACCCUCUAUUCACAGAGGUUGUUUCUGACCUCAGGUGCCCCUUCACAGCCACUGAGCCAUAGGUGACUUGUCAAAACUGCGUUACGAAGAUGCUCAUUGGGAAGACACGGAGGAGAAAAGAAAGAGAGAGGGCAGAAUGAACACUUCCUUAAACAGCACAGCCAAGCUGCUGGAAAAAAACAGCUGCUGAACUUGCAUGACCUAAAGUUUCGUUUUAACUUUUAUGAUGGGAUUUCUCGAAUUCAGUUUAAAAACAAAACAAGAGAGGGAAAUUUCAUAAUCAAAGUGACUUACCACUUGAGAUCUCUGAGCUCCCUGUAGAAUUAAGACCUUGGUGCCCCUUGGUGUGUCAGGCUUGGAGUCUGACCCCCAUCUCCUCUGGGGCCCACUCUUCUGGUUCAUGGCAGGAUCCCAGGACUGCACUUCUCUGCUUCUGGGAGACUCUUUUUCUUUCCUCACCUAUAGCACAGAUAUUCCCAGAGGUCUAUCCCUACCACAUAUCUUUGUUUGGAAGCAAUUUCAGAGAGAACUUGUACAAGAGACCAAGAACCACACUCUGGGUCCCUUCCUAGCAUGUCCUAGACACCAUACCCUUCUUAUUUGACUAUUGAUGACAGCUAGCUUAUUGAUCACUUGCCAUAUGCUACUCACACUGCAAAGCAAGUUUUGGGUAUCAGAUAAUUUAAUAUUCACAAUAAACCCCAUUUCCACAUAAAUAAAAAAUAGGUAAGGAAUUUGAAGUACAAAGAAGUUAUAUAACUUGUGCUUUCUCUGAUACAGAUAUUAACUAGUGUUCAUAGUAUCCAAAUUCAGAAUUUUAACCACUAUGCUAUUCUGCCUUUCCUGACAGCUAAGAAGCUUCUCUGCCAGGCCUGCUAGCUUCUCUUGUCUCUGACUAGAUACUUUGCAAACAAUCAUUAAUGAAUUAAAUUAAAGUUUAAAUAUUAUUUAAUCCAGGAAUAGCAACUAUGUUACAUAGGUAGUACCACUUUCUAUUGCUGUACCCAUGGCAGACAUCACUAAUCAAUCACAGCGUUGCAUUUCUUUUGCCCUACCCAGGUACGUGGGGGGGUUUCUUGCCUUUUGGGAGGUCUG